UGUCAAUGUCAAAAACUGAAUCAUAGUGUUUCCAAAAAAAUAAGACUUGUUUAAAAUUAUCUUUUAAAAUCUGAUAAAAUAAUUAUUUUGAUAUGGAUGAUCCUGAACUUGAACGAAUUCGGCAGCAACGCCUUGCCCAAUUACAAGCACAACAUGGGGGUACAGGAGAUCCUAAUCAAGCUAAAGCUCAAGAAGAAAAGAUGAGAGCUAUGGAAGAUGCAAAACAUUCGAUUUUGGCACAAGUGCUCAGUCAAGACGCAAGAGCCAGAUUGAACACAAUAAAGCUUAGUAAGCCAGAAAAAGGAGCUAUGGUUGAAAAUAUGAUAUGUAGAAUGGCACAGAUGGGACAAUUAAGCGGGAAAAUAUCGGAAAGUGAACUAAUUGAAUUGUUACAAUCUGUGAAUCAACAAAUGCCGAAGACAACAAGCACUGUCAAGUUUGAUCGCCGUAGAGCCGCUCUGGAUUCGGAUGAUGAUGAUUUCUAGCAAACGGAGAGAUCUUAUUUUUGUAAAAGCUUUCAGCUGCUUAUUAUGUGAGCUCAGAACUACUCUUACUUUUGAAAGCUAAUGGUGUCUGAUUAGUCUAAGAAAGUGUUAAUAUGUUUGUCUCAAUGUAACACAUUAAAUUGAUUUCUCUCAUGUA